AUCUGCAGAAUGUUGACCUGUCAUUCAAUGAUAUUACGAGUGUUGACUCUGAUGCAUUUGUUGACACAGUUCGACUUGAAGUUCUGAACUUGAGUGGCAACAAGAUUAAACUGUUAAAUAUUACACUUGCUGAACUUAAAUCGCUUGGACACCUUAAUUUGUCACACAAUUACCUAAAAACUAUAGAUGAACACACGAGGAAGGAAAUUGAUGAACUUGUAGAAACUUCAACCAAAAAUCUAACAAUAGACCUCAGACAGAAUCCUCUUAUCUGUAACUGUGAUUCAUUCAUGUUCAUUCACUGGAUGCAGGCACAAAGUGGGAUCAUGUACGGCUGGUCACAAGUUACAUGCAUUUACAUUAAUGGCUCGGAGAUAGCAAUUAAGGACCUUAUAUUACCAGACAUGAAAUGGGACUGUUGGAGAGCAGUGAUAAUUCCAUCAAUGGUAUCCUUUGGACUUACUGUACUUGCCAUUGUGAUUGGGAUAUUUGUCUACAGACGUAGGUACAAAAUACAGUAUCUUCUUCUUCAUGUGAAGGCUUUACUUCGACGUCAUCAACAUGGCGAUUUUGAAUUUGAUUUUGAUGGGUUUAUGAGUUAUAGCUCCUUAGACAAAAACUGGGCACUGACCAACAUAUAUGCACAUCUGGCCAACAAAUACAAGUAUAACAUUUGCAUGGAUGACCGCAAUUUCAUGCCUGGUGCUUACAUAGCUGAUGUUAUCGUUGAAAGUAUCAGCAAAAGCAACAAAAUAAUUCUGAUCAUCAGCCAAAAUUUCCUCCGUAGUGGCUGGUGUACAUUCGAAAUGAACCUUGCAAGAGGAGAGCUAGCCACCAGGGGUAGGGACUGUUUGAUAUUGAUACUAAAGGAACCUGUGGAUGUUCUACCCCCAGAGCUGAUCACACCCACCCUCCGCUCCUUGAUUGAGACACGUGUAUACCUGGAAUGGAGUGAGGAUGAGGAUAGGAAGCAGCUGUUCUGGAGAAAGAUGCAAGAUUCUUUAGGUGAUCCUAGAUAUCAGGGAGAAGAGGAUACACAAUAUUUGUAUCAAAGUAAUGAUGGUGACAAUGAAGUUUUAGAGCAACUUAUUGAAUAAAAUAAUAUAACCUUUAUAACAUAAUGCUAGAACUGC